GAAAGGCUGUGGGCAUCUCUGCCAUGGCCUGGGAUCUGCUCUUCCUCACCCUCGUGGCUCACUGCACAGUGACACUGUCUCAAUUUACGCUGACUCAACCCAGCUCUAUGUCUGGGAAUCCAGGACAGAAGGUGACCAUCUCCUGCAAACACAGCAGUGGCAACAUUGGAAGCUACUAUGUGCACUGGUACCAACAGUACCCAGGCAAUGCCCCCAGGAAUGUGAUCUACAAUGAUAACAAAAGGCCCUCUGGGGUUCCUGAUCGGUUCUCUGGCUCCAUUGACAGCUCCUCCAAUGCUGCCUUCCUGAGCAUCUCUGGUCUGCAGCCUGAGGAUGAGGGUGACUACUACUGUCAGUCUUAUGAUAGCAGUGAUAAUCACACAGUGCUUCAUACCCAGGGGGAACUGAAACAAAAUCUCCUCUCCCUGUGUUUUUUCAAACCUCAGUCUAGUUCCAUAAAUUCAGUUGCAGUAUUGAACCUCACUAUUAUAGUCUUUAGGUUCAUGAUUAUUUCAGGUACUUUGUCUCAAUUUACAGUGACAGCCCAGCUCUAUGCCUGGGAAUCAAGGGGAGGUGUUGACCACCUCCUGACUAUGCAGCAGUGGCAACAUUGGAAGCACAUAUUUUUAUUGGUACCAGCAGUACUCAGCUCCUCCAAUGCUGCCUCCCUGAUCAUCUCUGGGCUGCAGCCUGAGGAUGAGGGUGACUACUUUUGUCAGUCUUCAGAUAGCAGUGUUUCAGACCCAGGGGGAAGUGAGGCAAAACUCUCUGAGAACCUCCCUGUGUUUUUUCCAAACCUCAGUCUAUUCCUAUAA